ACAAACACAAACACACACAGACAAGUCGAUUGAUCCAACCAACUCAACAGCAAUGGCGGGCGAGAAGGGUCUGGUGCUGCUGAACUUCUGGGUGAGCCCGUUCGGGCAGCGCUGCCUCAUCGCCCUGGCAGAAAAAGGCCUCCCCUACGAGUACGUCGAAGAGAACCUCAUGGCCGGCAAGAGCGACCGCCUCCUCCGCUCCAACCCGGUCCACAAGAAGGUCCCGGUGCUCCUCCACGACGGCCGCCCCGUGUACGAGUCCCUCAUCAUCCUCAACUACCUCGACGACGCCUUCCCGGACACCCCCUCCCUCCUCCCCUCCGACCCCUACGAGCGCUCGCAGGCUCGCUUCUGGGCCGACUACGUCGACAAGAAGGUCUACGACUGCGGCACCCGGCUCUGGAAGCUCAAGGGCGAGCCGCACGCGCAGGCGCGGGCCGAGAUGCUGGAAAUCCUCAAGAAUCUGGACGGGGCGCUCGGGGACAAGCCCUUCUUCGGCGGCGACGUCUUCGGGUUCGUGGACGCCGCGUUCGCGCCCUUCACCUCGUGGUUCCACAGCUACGAGAAGUACGGCGAGUUCAGCGUCGCCGAGGUGGCGCCGAGGGUCGCGGCGUGGGCGAAGCGGUGCGGCGAGCGGGAGAGCGUCGCCAAGAGCCUCUACUCGCCGGACAAGAUUUACGAGUUCAUCGGCGUGCUCAAGAAGAUGCACGGCGUCGAGUAAGUCGGCCGGCCGGUCGGAGAAGCAAUAAGUUCGAUCCACUGAAAAAAAUAGGGCGCUAUAGCGUAUUGAAAAUUGUCUCGUUAAAUAAAACGGUGUAUAAUGUCUCGCUAAUAGCAUGCUAUAGCGCGAUAUAGCACGCUAAUAGCAUAUUUUGAGGUCGGCGCUAUUUUUCUGUAGCGCGCUAUUUUUUCA